GAAAAUUUCAAUUAUUAAAUUUUAACAGUUAUGAAAAUAAUGGCAGAAUGCAUUUUCGUAAAAUACUAAGUACAUGUAGAAAAAUAUUGCAAGUUCUCUUGACACUGCCUCUUGAUCCCUACUUUUGUCUCCUAUGAUGUAACCAACUGUCAUCAGUCUGGUGACUUUCUGGCUUUCUCAUAGUCUUUCAUUUUUUAACUUUGUUGGACUUUGAGGCCUCUUUACUUCAUUCCCAUUUUUUUGUAACUUUGCAAAUACUGCUGUUACUUUUAGGUAUUAAUCAAGAAGAAUUAUGACCGUACCAAACGUCAGCGUCGUAGAAACUGGAAACUGAAAGAGCUUGCAAGAGAUAAAGAAAACAUGGAUACAGAUGAUGAAAGGCAAUACCAAGAUUUCCUUGAAGAUCUUGAAGAAGAUGAGGCAAUUAGGAAAAAUGUAAACAUUUAUAGAGAUUCAACCAUUCCUGUGGAAAGUGACACAGAUGAUGAAGGAGCCCCUCGAAUUAGUCUGGCUGAGAUGCUUGAAGACCUCCACAUUUCUCAAGAUGCUCCUGGUGAAGAAGCUGAAUCGAUGAUGACACAGUGAGAUUGUGUUGUAGAUGAUUUCCAUGUCUGUAGACUCAGGAUGUUGGAUGAAAUAACUUUCAUUGUCUAUUCCGCCUAUGCUUCCAUAUUGAGAAAGGAGAAAUUUAGUUUUAAACUUGAAUAAAUGGGACUAUUUUGAUUGCUCAUUCAAAGCACUGAACGAGAUUGAUAGCUUUGAAGUUUUUGGAUAAAAGAUUAUGAAGAAUGUAAUUAUUAAUGAUAUUUAGGCCAUUUUAUGUGUGGAAUUUUUUAAGUUUGCCUUUUUAGGAUACCCUAGUAUUUUUGCAUACUGUAGCGCCAGAUUUGAAAUCUCAAAAGUUGUGAUGCCUUGGAGGUUACCUAAAUCUUCAAGUAUGAAACAAGCUUUUACAUUUCUUUUUGCAUUGAUGGCUUUAGUAAAAGAGCAUAUGAAGAAUCAUUUUUAUAUGAACUUGUUAAUGCACUUUGAUCCACUUUAGAUCAUUUUUAUGUCAUUGGGAUAGGUAAGUUGGGGUUCAGUUUAUUACUGGACAUUCAGGGAGAAGUUAAUCUAUUUUAUUCAUAAUAUUAACAUCUUCAAAAGCUUAAAUUGGGGUUAUCUUAAUUUUUAUUGCAGAAGAAAAUAUAUUUAAAGUAUUUGUGGAUUUGUAGCAAACAUAGAUUAUUUAAGGGUUAACUAACAAUUUGUACUUUUGUUAUUUUUGCUCAUGCCAGCAGCUUAGACCAGUAGCUUGCUUGUGUCAUAAAAAUGUCUUCCUAUCACUUCAAGCAUUUUUGCUUUUGAAAUUUUGGUUUACAAUUUGAGAAGGAAUUUUCUUUAUAUAAGUUUCUGUCAUUGAAUAUAUCACCAUCAAAAAGAAUAUUAAGAUCUAGCACAUAGAUGAUGAAAUAAUAAAAAUGAUCUUUAUGCUUUAUAAAACCAUAUGUCAGACUUGAAAAAGGAAUGCCUUCUACAUCCUUGAAUGAAAAGCAUUGGCUUGGGCGCCUGGGUGGCUCAGUUGGUUAAGCGACUGCCUUCGGCUCAGGUCAUGAUCCUGGAGUCCCUGGAUCG